AUGCCCGAAUUACAUAUAUAUAUAUAUAUAUAUAUUGUAUGCAUUGGUGUGUUUCUCGCAAGUGUGUGUACAUGCGUGGGGAGAAAAAAGAGUAGGAGGGAGACGCGCUUUGCCCCCGCAGAUCGUGAAUUGUGGAACGUAUUGCUCCGGAAGAACGUGAUCGGAGCGAUUCAGCUGGAGAAGAUGGCGACGCCUGCGCCCUUUAAAAUCUUCAAGGCCUCGCCGCCUCCCGCGCCAACGGGUCGGAAGCCCACUGGGUACCGAGGCAACCACUGGCACAAAAAAGUUCUGUACGACCCCGUCUACCCCACAACGAAAGUCCCCGCAGCUCUGGUUCCGCGGUACCCGAUCGACUGGCGCAACGGCGGCCGCGCACUGCUCAUCGCUGCUCUCUCGAAGUUGGAAGGCGCAUCUGCUCUCCAGCGGCGCAUUUUCUUGCGGGAGAACAGCCGCGAGAGUCAGGUCCCGCAGACGCCUCUGUCUCCCUUUCAGACCGGUUCUUCUGCCUCCGGAGGCGGCGCCUACUUGGUUUCUUCCCUCGGACGGAAGCGGAGCUACGUCGGGCGGAUCGCCGUCAGUCUGAUGCCUCGCCACAGACAGAUCGCGGACUACCAGCGCGUCGGCGGCUUCUGUUCGCCGCGGUGCUUCUCGGAGUGCUCCAAGGAGCUCCGCCGCUGUCUGUGCGCGUGGAGAUGCACAGGCUUCCACGAGCAUGUCGUUCAAAUGGACGGCAUGCUCGGCGAAUACAAGGGCGAAGUGAAGACGGAGAAGCCCCUCUUCUCCGUUCUCAGACGACAGGCCAGACGAAACGCAGAUCCGUCGGAGGGAGUGGCGUUUUGCGCGGAGUCGGCGAAGUUCAAAAGCGUGCGUCGAGCCCAACACCCCGCCUUCGAGGCCUUCGACCGCCAGGGACCAGACGGUCCGUCGCAGAAGCCGGCGCCCCGCAAGGAGCCGCCACUCCCCUUCUACUCCGCCAGUCAUGUCCCAAACGUCCCUCGGCCUCCCCCUCCUCAGCCGUACACGGGUCCUCUGAAAGUUCGUGAAGGAGACGACGAAGAAGACGACGAAGAGGAAGAAAGUGCAGGGCGGGGGUGUCGCGACGCCUGGGAGGGAGAAGAAAGCGACAGCGAGGACAAGAUCCGCGGGGCAGACAAGGGCCACGGCAGGCGAUGAAGCCAGAUAUCUAUGGAGAAGAUGGAAAGAGAAUGAGAAAGAGAAUGAGAAGAGAGAAGGUGAAGAGAGAAUGAGGAACUGUCUCCAGUGGGUAAGGGUGACGGAAGAGUAUGGAAAAAAGGAGAAGAAGCGAGCUUCUGCGCAGAGAAAGGCGCAUGUGAGAAGAGAAAUGGGAGCGAGAGUCAGCAGGAAAAGAACCUCCAUUUCGACUUCUCUUUUGUGCAAGGUGAUGAAACAAGCGAAUGAGAGUCGAUGUCGCUUCCCCGUGGAUCCCCACAAGCCGCGAGCGAAGUGCAUCCACGCGUGGA